UUUUUUCCGAUUACAGCAUGUUAUGGUUGUCAGUUUCCCGCCAAAUGGACGGGCCUGUGGUUUCAAAAAGGCCUUGAACCACCAAUUAGGAUAGAGGGUGACACUUUCUCUUGGAGGGGCAAGUGUAUUGAUUCUGAGGGAGACCUGUUUCUAAUUGAUGACAAUCAAUUAGGAUGCUCAAGAUGUGUUGUGAUCUACGAGAAACAUCCCAAUGUUCUACAAUAUAGAGAAACUUUCUGCGAGAAACAUCACAGUUUAGAUGACGCUUGUGCAAAAUUAAGCGUCGAUGCUCAUCUUCACUCCAUGUUUCGAGUGAAUGCUGCUCCAGUUCCCUGUCCUUUCAAAGGACCUUUCACCUUUAGCUACAGCCGAGGUCACGGAGAGUGUAACUACCCGGUCUCUACUAUAGACUCUUGCACCGAUGACUCCAAACUUUUGUUCCGCUUUCAGGCUUGUGUAGAUGUUCUGAAAUCAGAGAGUAGCGAGGAGGAGCUGACCUGUGUAGCCACGUGGAAAGAAGGCUCAGCUCAUUAUCUAGUUGGAAAAAUGAUCAAUAAGAAAAAUUACAGAAUAUCUUACAAAGACGAAGAUACUUAUCGAUGUUUCAUUUACGAUAGUCUUCCGGAUAGUUACCUCCUAUCUCAGUCAGCUGAUGCCACGUGUGACGGCCUUGUUUCACCACGAGAGGGCUAUCGGACCAUGCGCCUAGCUAAGAGUGGACUUCCUGAUAUAAAUUGUCAGUUUCCUGGUUGGGUCACAGCUCAUCAUCACUGGCACACUCUUGACGAUAGCAAGUCCUACAUAUUUAGCCAUUGGAAUUCCAGCUUUCGAAUAAGCCACCGUAAACCUGGUUAUGAAGACGCGAAAAUUACAAUCCAUUGCUUCAUCGCUAUCUCAAAUUUCGGCCAGCUUAGGAGACUUAGAUUAUUCCUAAAUGCAAAUUUUAAGCUAACAAUUAACAAUGGUUUUGUGUGUAUGAGUUUCCAUCGUAGAGACAAACACAUCACUGAACUCCAGAUUGGAAGUUUUGUUAGAAGAGCCGAAGACGCCUGUCCUCCGAUACACGUUCCCGCUCCCCAGGAAUACAUUACUUUAGUGACUUCAACGCCUCGUACUAAGCUGUGUCCAGCACUGGCAGAAACAAAUGGUCUUCGAGUACAGACAGGUAGGCUUGGCUCCUUGCCGGAGAAGUGUACCCAGUACUCCACUGCUGUGGUCGGCUGCAGAAGUGAUAGCACCUUGGAAUUUCUGACAACAUGUGCAUCUUAUCGAGACUUGAAACGUUUCCAGUGUCAUGGAACUUGGGAAGAAAAGGGCAGAACGUAUCUCGUAACUGGACUUAGAGAAUCACGACGAAAAUUUUGUUUUGUUUUCUCAGCUCAUUCGCGAGUUACCCGGAUGUCAGGUUUGCACGAUACUUGUUCCCGUAGUAUUCAGCCCGGUAUCACAGGAAAUUUGACCUUCAACAUUACGGCUGCAGGAGAUUGUGACUAUACUUUAAACACAGUUUCCCAGCUCAUGUAUACGGAAAGUCUACUACUGAUCGCUUCUCUGUUAGCUUUCAUAAUAAAUAUUCGGUGAUUGGGUAGAGAGAAGAGCGAUUUCUGGGAGCCUUCAGUGCGUCUACAGGGAAACUAUAGGAAAGAUGUUUAAGUGCCUCUUUGUCGAAUCCCUUUCACGGUUCAGCAGUGAUUUGUCUUAAUAAACACCUUGACACCUUUACAGAAAUGCGAAAAAAUUAUACUAGAGACGUUUUAUUUACCAGAAUUAUCAAUUAU